UCUCCUCAGCGAAACGCGACCGAGCGAGAGCUUAAAUACCGAUCCGCCUGCGGCUGGAGAAGCCCUCAGCGGACGGCGAAGUGGGGAAGCGGGAGUGGGAGAUUAAUCUCUCUCCCUACUCUCGACGCGAUUAAUCGGGCAUUUUCCCUUUUUCUCUGGGUGCUCGCUUGUGAGGCCGUAAUCAAGCAACGACAAUGGGCGCCGGCGGACGAAUGACGGCGAAAGAGCGGGAGGAGCAGGCCGCUGCAGCUCACCGCCAGGACAAGGGCCACUCCCUCCCGCGGUCCCCGACCGAGAAGCCCCCAUUCACAUUGGGCCAGAUCAAGAAGGCCAUUCCCCCGCACUGCUUCCAGCGCUCCGUCCUCCGCUCCUCCUACUACGCCAUCCACGACCUCGCCAUCUCCGCGGCCCUCCUCUACGUGGCCCUCGCCGUCAUCCCGGCCCUGUCCCAGCCGCUCCUCCGCCUUGCCGCCUGGCCCCUCUACUGGGCCGCCCAGGGCUGCGUCCUCACCGGCAUCUGGGUCAUCGCCCACGAGUGCGGCCAUCACGCCUUCUCCGAUUCCUCCCUCCUCGAUGACAUCGUCGGCCUCGUCCUCCACUCCGCCCUUCUCGUCCCCUUCUUCUCAUGGAAGAUCAGCCACCGCCGCCACCACUCCAACACCGGCUCCCUCGACCGCGACGAGGUCUUCGUCCCCAAGUCCAAGUCCGCCCUCUCCUGGUACACCAAGUACCUCAACAACCCCCCGGGCCGCGUCCUCACCCUGGCGCUGACUCUAACCCUCGGCUGGCCCCUGUAUCUCGCCUUCAACGUCUCCGGCCGACCCUACCCCCGGUUCGCCUGCCACUACGACCCCUACAGCCCGAUGUACUCGGACCGGGAGCGGGCCCAGAUCUUCGUCUCCGACGCGGGCGUCCUCGCGGCGUCCUUCGCGCUGUACCGGCUCGCGGGGGCUUUCGGGUUCUGGUGGGUGGUCCGGGUCUACGGUGUUCCGUUGCUGAUCGUGAACGGUUGGCUGGUGACGAUCACGUACCUGCAGCACACACAUGCGGCGCUGCCGCACUACGACACCAGCGAGUGGGACUGGCUCCGGGGGGCGCUGGCCACGGUGGACCGGGACUACGGGGUGCUGAACUCGGUGUUCCAUAAUAUCACGGACACCCACGUGGCCCACCACCUCUUCUCCACCAUGCCCCACUACCACGCCAUGGAGGCCACCAAGGCUAUCCGUCCGAUCCUGGGAGAGUAUUAUCAGUUCGACGGGACGCCGGUGUACAAGGCGCUGUGGAGGGAGGCGAGGGAGUGCAUGUACGUAGAGCCGGACGAGCAGGGGGAGAAGAAGGGCGUGUUCUGGUACCGGAACGAGUUCUGAACUUGAUGGAUGACUAGAGCUAGAAGAAGGUUUAGAUAGACAGAAGACGUUAAGACCUGACCGACCCGUCCCGGACGAUGGCCGCCGGAUGCCUCCACCGAGUACCAAGUUGUGUUGGAUUUGGUGGUGGCGGUGGUGAUGGGGAUGGUCGUCCGUCCGCUAUUGUUUGCCCUCUUUUAUGUGUUAGUGUUGCUCUUUUCGUGGUUUUCUUUUAGGUCCCUGUGUUGGUUGCUCUUGUUCUCUCUGUGGUUCCUCUGUUUCAGUUGCUCUGGAAAUGACAGCAAACGAUAGUCAUGAGAAAGAAACCUUUGGAGAUUAAAAAAAAGAAAAGAAAAACACUGUUCCUCUUUCC